AUGUAGGAUUUUUACCCUAAAAAGAAGGAAGAAUAGGUUGACACUCUUUUUAAAUUCAUAAUAGUAGGAAAUGCUUCAUCAGGAAAGACAUGCUUGUUACAUUAUUUUAUAGAAGGAAAGCCAAAAUAAAAUUCAACUUAUACUAUUGGUGUUGAAUUUGGGUCUAAAAUUGAAAAGGUUGGAUCAAAGCUAGUUAAAUUUUAAAUUUGGGAUACUGCAGGAUAGGAAAGAUUUAGAUCAGUAGCACGCACAUAUUAUAGGGGAGCAGUAGGAGCAGUAAUCGUUUUUGAUCUGACAAACAUAGAUUCAUUUCACUCACUUUAAAAUUGGGUCAAUGAUGUUAGAGAAUUAGCAAAUAAGGAAGUAUGUAUUGUAGUUUGUGGAAAUAAAUCUGAUUUGACAGAUGAACGUGCAGUUUAAAGUCAUGAAGCAAAACGUUAAUGUGAAAGUCUAGAUGUAGAAUACAUCGAAACAAGCGCAUUAACUGGUGAAAAUGUAAAUGAAGCAUUUUCUAUUAUAACUAAGACUAUUUUGCAAAAAAUAGAAAAUAAUUAAAUGGAGCCUAUUUUUUAACCGCGUCCAUUUACACCUAAGCCUGAUUAAUUUGAUAUUGAUAAACCUACAAAAUGCAAUUGUUGA